CUCAUCUUCCCCACCUCCUCCCGGUCCACACCGCUGCUCCGACUGCGGCAAAACCUUCGGCGCUCGCUCCCGCCUGGCCGUGCACCGCCGCGUGCACACGGGCGAGCGGCCCUUCGCCUGCCCCCACUGCGGCAAACGCUUCAGCCAGAGCUCGGCGCUGGGUUUGCACCGCCGCCUUCACACCGGCGAGCGGCCUCACGUCUGCGGGGACUGCGGCAAAGCCUUCGCCAUCGCCUCCCACCUGGCCGUGCACCGCCGCGUGCACACGGGCGAGCGGCCCUUCGCCUGCUCCCACUGCGGCAAACGCUUCAGCCAGAGCUCGGCGCUGGCGCUGCACCGCCGCGGCCACACCGGGGAGAGGCCUCACGCCUGCGGGGACUGCGGCAAAGCCUUCGCCGUCGCCUCUCACCUGGCCGCCCACCGCCGCAUUCACACCGGGGAGAAGCCGUAUCCGUGCCCGCGCUGCGGUAAGUGCUUCCGGCAGCGCUCCGGCCUCGUCACGCACCAACGGGGACACAAGUAGGCUUGGGGACGUGGGACGGCUGCUUGCUGUCGCCGGAGCUGCCUCCAGGGAUGCCAGGAUCUCCGAAAUGCGGACGUUGUGGAUCCCCCAUAGCUCCGUCCGUUCUGUGGGCAUCAGGGAAGCGCUGCUCGGGGCAGCAGUAGCCUUGAGGACGUCGGAAUGGGCUUCAGACGUCACCCGAGCUGCCUGCGGGAGCCCCAGCAUCUCCAAAAUAAGGACAUCAGGAAUCCCUUUACCUCUGCCCGUCACCAUGGGGACAUCGGGGAGCCACGCCUGCGCUCUGGUCACGCACACACAGGGACACACAGAGCCAAUGGGGACACCGGAAGGGGAUCUCUGUGUCACCAGAUCUGCCUCAAGAAACUGCCUAUUGCCACGGGGACGUCAGGGAGCUGCCACCAGCGCUCUGCUCACGUAUCCAUGGGGAACGAUGGACCUGGAGACACCCCACAUCCAGCUCUGGACACCCCAAUGCAGGCCAUGGAGCAGCCGGAUGAGCCGCUUACAGAGUGGGACGGGGAUGGGGACACAGCGCCCGGCGACCGCCAAGGCACCAUGGAGACCCCUGAGGUGGACAGCCUGAAGACAUCCCCACUGCCUCCACCAUCCCUGGAGGUGGACUGGGCCUGGGAGCUGUCCCCCACAUCCCCUCCGAGCGCUCGGAAGCCCUACAAGUGCACGGAGUGCGGCAAGGCUUUUGGGCAGAGCUCGCACCUGAUGCGGCACCUGGGCACCCACACGGGCGAGAAGCCCUACAAGUGCGGUGCCUGCGCCAAGAGCUUCACCCAGAACUCCAACCUGCUCCAGCACCAGCGCACCCACACUGGAGAGAAACCCUACCAGUGCAGCGCCUGCGGCAAACGCUUCGGCUGGAGCUCCAACCUCAGCCAGCACCGCCGCCUGCACAGCGGCCAGAAGCCCUUCCAAUGCGCCCAGUGUGACAAACGCUUCAGCGAGAGCUCCCGCCUGGUGGAGCACCAGCGUACCCACACCGGUGAGAAGCCCUACCUCUGCCCCGACUGCCCCAAAACCUUCAGCCGCAGUUCCCACCUCGUCCGACACCGCCGCCUCCACGCUGCUGAGCGGGGACCCAGCCCAGGCCUGGCCGUGCGGCAGGGCCUCUGAGGGUCUCCCUGGGGUGAUGGGAGGAGGCGAUGAUUCAUCUCUGGAAUGUGGUUUGCCCUCUUGGUGCCCGUCGUCAACAGAAAGAUUCGUGGAAAAUCCGUGGCGUGAGCUACAGCUGCUGCAGCCCUUCAGUGGUGGCCCCUAGGAGCAGGGUUUGGCCCUGUGGGCGUUUGUCAUCAUGACAGAGAUUUCAGGGAGAUCUGUGAUGUGGUCGGGGGGUCUUAUAGCUCCUCCGUGGUGGCUGCAGGGAUGUGGGCAGGCCCUGCUGGCACCAUUCAUCAACACAAAGACUUGGGGAGGACCUGUGAUGUGGCCAGUGGCUUCUGUGGCACGUCUGCAGUGGCCCUGGGGACAUGUGUGACUCCAGUCAACAUCUGUUGUUGUGGGGAGCCCAUAUAGGCAAACAGCCACAGGACUGUGGACAGAAUUGGCCACAAAGACUUCACGAUGUGGUCAGCGGCUACACAGCCCUUCUGUGGUGGCCAUGGGAUGUGGACAGGCCCUUUUGGUGGCCAUCCUCAAUACAAACACUUGGGAAGGGCCAAUGGAAACAUGAGUUGGCCCUGCUGGUGCCCCCAUUGGCUCUUGCAGAAGCCACGUGGGCCACCGGAGGUGACAUUGGGGCUAAGCAUAGACACAGAGACUUGGGGAGGACCCGUGAUAUGGCUCAUGGCUACUGCAGCCCUUCUGUGGUGGCCAUAUGCCUGUGACUCAGCCCUGCUGACACCCACCAUCUGCUGGGUGAGAGCCUCAUGGGCAGACAGUGGGGUAGGAGGGAUUUUUAAGGAAAACAGUUGCAUUAAUGGCACAAAAUGAGUCCUUAAAA